GGUUGUUUGUGAGCACUGGAUCCAUGCUGAUUUACAUAUUUGACGGGGAAUAUCUGACUGGGCGCCGUGGCCUCGUGCUUUCAUUGUGUGUCUGACAUCACAUGAGAAAUGAAGCGCGCAGGAGCUCAGCGUGCAGAACUCUGUGAGAGCAGCGAGAGAAGCACUGCGCGCCAACACAUGACAAAGCACCGGGGUUAAACUGCAGCGGGGUCCGUGUGCAUCAUCAUGGGGAUGGACCGGCGGCGGAGAGCCUCGCUCGCGCUCACCUUGAACUUCCUCGCGCUGAUCCUCGCCAUAUCCGCGCUGACCACCAGCUACUGGUGCGAGGGGAACCGGAAAGUUGUCAAGCCCUUUUGUACCGGACCGGUGACCGUCAAACAGACGCACUGCAUUAGAUACAACAGCUCGAACAUCAACGACAGCCGGCUGGUUCAGUAUAUCUGGGAGACCGGCGAAGAUAAGUUUGUUCUGAGGAAGUUCCACACCGGCAUCUGGUUCUCCUGCGAGCAGAAUGUCGACCUUGUCGGUGAGAAAUGCAGAAGCUUCAUAAACGUGGCUCCUCCUCAUGAGAGAGGUGUGUUGUGGCUCUGCAUCGUAGCCGAGUGUCUCUACAUCUUACUGCUGGCCACCGGAGGAAUACUCAUGUCCAUCGAAGUCUGCCAUUUUGGAAACGUCAUCGAUGGACUGAAACUGAAUGCUUUUGCUGCCAUAUUCACAGUCCUGUCAGGUCUUCUCGGGAUGGUAGCACACAUGAUGUUCACUACAGCGUUCCAGCUGACCGUCAGUCUGGGUCCAGAGGACUGGAAGCCACAGAACUGGGACUACAGCUGGUCUUACAUCUUGGCUUGGAGCUCCUUCACCGCCUGCAUGGCCUCCUCCGUCACCACCAUCAACAGAUACACUAAGACUAUUCUGGAGUUCAAACACAAGCAGAAGAACAUUGAGAAGAACCUGAAGAUCAAGCAGAAGCUGCUGGACCUGGACUCUCCAGACCAGGUGUGGGACAUGUACAUCAGCUCCGUCCCCAGCACAGCUGAGGAGUUCCUGGACCUGUCCAGUUCUGGACGCAAGCUGUCCACCAAUUCAGUCUUCCUGGACCUCAAUGACCUGCCGUCUGCACAAGGAGAGGAGUACUGCUGAAGCCAGUCGUCAUCUACGUCUCGCUCUUCUAGUGUCAUUAACAGAUGUGGAAACUUUGAUUGGAGGUGAUACGUUGAGAUUAUAUAACUGUUGCAUAAUGUUUGGUUUGAUGUUGUGCUGUUGUCUGAAGGUGGUGCUGUGAGUUUUAGUUUGUUAUUAAUGUGCUGAAGACAUUGUAUGCGUAAAAUGGAUUCUGGAACCAGACCUGCGACGAAUGAACGACUUUCCUCAAUCCCAGAGAAUAAAAUGUGACACAAGGCAUUUUUUAAAAUCUAACCAUUGAAAUUGCAUUAGAAAUAUUCCCAUUUUCUGAGAGCCACCACACUCAUCCAGUAGAAAACGUCUUUUUGUGAAAGCUGCCUGCUGCUUUAGAUUUUCCCUCUCUGCUUUAUUAUGAAGUCAUUUCCAAAUCGAUUC